ACGUUUGGAGAGGCCUACGACCUACCCUCGACCCACGGCCGACGCUACGGCACGGUCUACGUCCUGUUUGGACUGCAUCUUGUCGCUCCGCAACCGACCGUGCUGGGCCCCGCCCCUGAAAUGGGUCCUUUCCGGCACCACUGCGUCGCCGCGCGACGCGCGAAAGGGCGUUCAGCGCACCCGCGCACCGUCCCCGACCCAGACGCGUCCAGGAUGGCCAGGGGGCGCCCGGGGGAGGUCGACACAAUCAGACAGCGGUCAAGUGGCGGGGAGGCAAGAGUUGAGCGUGAAAGUGAUGGUCCGGCGCAGAAACUGAGGGCUUACUUUCGAGGUGACGAUCGAGAUUCGAAGGCCGUGUCAGGCUCGUCCGUGGGAUCCUUGUGGGCGGCUGCCGACGAGAACGACGUUGUCUUGAGGAAAAGGCUAUCUGCGCGAAUUAUUACGCUUUCUGGCCACUCGAGCGACAGUGGGACAGAGGACCUAAGGCAAGAACCCUCAAUUUGUGGUGUGUGUGAGCUCAUCCGACAGCGAGACAAGCUCAUCAGACUUCGAGAGGAGCUCGACGCUGAGAAGCGACUCGCAUCUGAGCUUAUUGUUGCAGCAGGUGGGCCUGAGGUGGCACCCAUUACGACGACGGAUGUUGACACGGAUGGUGCGGAGGUGCAGCGCAAGGAACUCUCGGCACUCAGGGCUCAAGUCGAACACUACAAAUAUAUCGCUGAGGCCACUAAAAACAUGGGCAGAUCAGAGGAGCAGUGGGAGGUGGAAGAAGCGACAAAUAUCACUGAUCAAGAUGACGACCUCGAGGAAACGCUAGGGGACGUGGAUUUGGCGUUAGCUAAGGCUGCGUCCCUCAAAACAUGUGGCGUCUCUCCUCGACUCGCGAAGCUCCUCCGCAUUCGCCCCUGGUGUGAGGAAGCUAUGGCAGCAGCAGUCGUCGAAGACACUGUCAUCGAAUGGCAGGCCCGCACGGGGGUGGAUCUUGAUGGCUGGACAUCACCAACGCAAUUUCCGGAUGCGCUCCUUGAUGACGCAGCAGCAAGUCGUCUCGAGGCGCCGCCGGUAUUGCGCCGCAGUAGUGCGAUUAAAUUCCCGCGGACUCUGAAACUACUAAAUGGUCACGAGCCUCGAGCUGCUUAUACAGACAGUCAUGGAAAAAAGUACUUUUACGAUGUUGCUGAUGCAGCAUCGCUUCCAGGAACAAGUUGGCAGUGGCUCGGGGGCUGGCGCCUCAAGGAGAGCGCUACUACGGAAAGCGGUUGGAUUUAUGGAAAUUGUACCGAACUCUUUUUCACCGCCUUCUCACCCGACGAGCUUGAUUUUGAUGCAAAGCCUAUGUGUGAGAGCGAUGCUCCCCUCCGAUGUCGCAAGUGGCGACGGACACGAGCGCUGGUGAGGCCUCCAUCGCUUCCACCCGUGGAAGAUGUCAAAGCUAACAAACGCAUCAGGCGGGCGCACCUCAUUGCCUCGAAGUGUCUCGAGCUUCGUUGCCACGGUGCGUCACUUGCUGUUCUUGGGACGAAACUCAGCGGCCAACUCGUUGCAACCCGUGCAGCUCUCGCAGAGGCCGAACGCAAGCUCGCCGGCCUUACUUUUUUGCAAGAAGACCUUGCGAAGCCAAAAAGCCACACCUUCAGUGCAAACACCCCCGAUACUCCCAACCCAUUCGUAGACUCGAGUGAUCUCUCAGAAUCGUCCGAUAAAGACAACACCUACGCUCCAGACUUGGUGCGACUUUGACCUGGAGCCUCGGUGUUCUUGCCUCUCAGAGAGCAGACCCAUCCUGGGUCCAGACCUGAAGACACCGACUGCACCCCGGUUACUUGGGCUCAGGCCUGGCUGACUGUGAACAUGCUCGGAACCAGAGCGCCAGGUACGCACGCCCGCUGUUCUGAGCCGGCUAAUCUCCGGUCGAGACGUCGAGCAGAGUAGCAUAGUAGCACAUGGCAAACCGUGCAUGCCCCUCGCUCAUACCCCUAGCCCCAACAAUAGGGGCGGACACUGUAAAUCGGACGAUUGCAG